CUUCUCUAGUAUUUUGAAGUGUUGCCGCAGCCGCAGGCUCACAGCAGUCGCAGCAGUCUUCUCGUUUCGGCAACAUUUAAAUGCAAGUUAAGUGUAGCCACCAGCGUGGAUACCAAUUUUAAGUUAUUCUGCAAAGAAUAUUGAAGGCAGCUUGUGAACAUCAUGCGUAGCGACGAUGACAGAUACGGUGACAAGCCUCGGUCGUCAAGCCACUCGAAAAAGUUCCGCAUGAACGAAGGAGAUUGGCUCUGCGCUGAUCCGCAGUGUGGCAACGUCAACUUUGCACGCAGGACCAGCUGUAAUCGAUGUGGCAAAGAGAAAUUGGAGCUGGCAUCUAAGCGACAGCUGGGUCAUGAGAUUGGCAAGGCGGCGGCCGAGAAAAGUCGUGGUCUGUUCAGUGCUGACGACUGGCAGUGUGGCCGCUGUGGAAAUGUCAAUUGGGCUCGUCGCCAAUCAUGCAACAUGUGCAAUGCUCCGAAGUUUGGCGAGGUGGAGGAGCGCACAGGCCUCGGAGGCGGCUACAACGAGCGUGAAAAUGUGGAGUACGUGGAACGGGAGGAAUCAGAUGGCGAGUACGAUGACUUUGGCCGCCGUAAAAAGCGGGCUCGAAGAGAGGACCAUGCAGCAAGUCUUCAUUCUCGACAGUCAGAAAGGGAAGGUGGAGAAAGGAACAAUAAAGAUGGUGGUGGUGAUGAUGAUGAUGAGGAGGAGGACGAGGAUGGCGAUGAUGAUGGUGAUCUUUCCAAGUAUGACCUGAGUGGCUGGGAUUCUCCUUCCAGCCCUGGGUCCAGUGGCAAGCCAGAAGAGGAGCAGCCGCAGGAGGAAAAGGCUAAAGGAGCGUCCAGGUCCAGGUUUGCUGGGAGACAUGCAGCUGUUUCAUGCCUGAGUGGCCUUUUUGCAUGACAUGAGCAAGCCAUUUUGGUGUAGUGUAAAGGCACACAGUGGGGUGGCUGGUACUAUUGAGAUCUGCUGAAACAUGUUUCAUUUUAACACAAGCGCAACACAUGUGCUCUUAGUGGUGGCGCAUGUCUGUCAUUUUCCACAAUGAAAAGCAAGAUAUAGCUUGACAUGCAUGCUUCAGCAAACGCGUGAAGCACAAGGGGGUCAUUCCACACCAAGUGUCCCAGCCAGUUUGGCGACCGUCUCACUUGUGUUAGAAAAAAGUUGCGCUUAUUUGCUGCACUGGAAACAGUGGUUUGCUAGAAUAUUUUGGACAGAAAAAAAAUUUUGAUCACGUGGGAGUCUUCUGAAUUUUACGAAAUGUCAUCCGAGUGUUGUUUGUCAGAGAAUUUAUUCUGAGAAAAUUAUUUUACGUGUCGAUACCAAAUUUAGUUUACAUAUUAAGCAAAAAUGCUUGUUUAUCUUCUCUGGAGCUCAAUAAGAUUAUUGCAGUUUUUCUGCUAUAUGCAUACUUCAAAAGGCGCAAAAAGACUACUACAAAAGAAAAACGGAAAACAGGACAAAGCACUCCUGACAUAGUUUGAAUUGAACAACAGCGCUGGUGUCGUUCGUUCUCUCUUCGUCCUUGUUUUACGUGCUGUCAUUCACUUCAAACUAUUGAACACCAACUAGCCCAACGUCUUACCCUUUUGCACUCCUAACAACUAGCAUUUUUAUUCACAGAACACAUAAUUCUAAAAUGCAUAACCCUGAUAACCCUCACCAUGACGACCAAAAACUAUCACCUAAAACGAAAAUCAUCAUACCGGCAUGGGUCGUUUGAGGAACACAAUCUCGGUUACUUGUAAACUAAUCGAAGGCUGGCUGAUGCACCUAGAACCUUCCUUUCUUCCGUAAUCUUCCUACGAGUUUUUCCAUAGUGCAUGUAAGCCACCGUCGCCCUUCCAAACGGGCCGGCAUCUGCGUUCAUUGCCAUCCUUGCAGUGCAUGGCCAGGUGCAUGAAAAGCCUUCCAAUCAAACAGCUGUUAUGCUCCCAUAAGCGUGUAUUCAGGCUGUUGAGGGCUGUGUGGCUUAAGAAGAACUGAAAGCUGGGCCAGUUGGUGAUAAUACCUGAACAUGUUUAACUUAGCGCAACGACGACGACGUUUGUCUCCUCUUCUCUGGUGUCCUCGUCGUCGUUGCGCGAAGUUAAACAUGUUCAAGUGUGUGGCUUAAGUGGCGACCAAUGCCGAUCCGCACAUAACGACAACCACACAUGCUGGUUCCCAUCAACCGAAAGCCCUUUUAUUGUUACACGACACACCACGACCUUGAAGAGCACAUGGACAGUAUGCGACAUUUGUUGCAGCUCACACAAUAGUAGACACAUAAGUUAGCAGUCCACUUGUGAGGGAUCGCUACAUUCCCCCUUCUCAGCCUGAAAGGCAUGGGGAGAUAUAAGUCCAGCCUUUUGGGCUCCUUGGCAAUUCUGCCAGACCAGCUACAGUGAGUCAGUUGAUCUAUCGGCUCUUUUGGUUGAGGCAAGGCCAUUGAUCCUGCAUCAGUGCCAUCCCAUCCUCGUUGCCAGUGUAAUACAGUCAAACCCCUCAAUAACGAAAUAGCUGGGGAAGUGUUUUAGAGUGCAGCUAUUAUGCGCCUGUUCAUGCAUUGAGCAGCGUCGCCGUUAUUGGCAUAGGCGUGCGCACAAGGGGG